AUGGAGAGUCAUGUGGUUUUGGACUUUCAACUGAGUGCGUCAUCUUCAAAAUACUCACUCUCUGCGGCAGAUAAAGGUAGACUGAACCUGAACUAUACAUUUAAUACAACUACAUCAGAGAUUGAAACGUAUGGCGGUUGGAUAGCAGCAGAUGAUGAUAACGUCCCUUGGCUUCAAGUAGACUUUAUCACAAAUGUGACAAUUAGUGGAAUAGCUACCCAGGGUGAAGAUGAAGGGGAGGCCUGGGUAACCAGCUACGAAAUAUCUUAUGGCUACAGCAAGAAUUCCUUGCAGGAUUAUCAAGUGGAUGGGCAAGUCAAGGUAAAAGUUAGCCGUCGAAUUUCCGUUUAUAUAGCACUGGAAAAAAUAGUGAAAUCCUUGUCUAUGUAAUUUGCACUAAACCCGCAGUAUAUCCAUAAUGCCAUUUCCAUACUAUAUCCACAAUGUAGUUUACUACGUUAAAUUUAAUCCAUGCGACGCACUAACGCCUCACAUUAAAUGCGACUUCGCCGAGGACACGAAAUAAUAGAGACCUUUAGAUUGACGUUCGCGGCAAACGUCAAACCGCUAGCGAGGUUUUUGUUUUUACAACUCUAUUAUAAUAGCUUUUACACCAGUUUUGAAAUAUGUUAAACUUAUUAAACCUGUGCAUGCUCUUUCACAAUGAUUUAAGAAAGCAAAUAAACCACUAGUCAUGUCAUUCACCAAAGCAGUAAAUUAAGAUUUGGCAUUUGAAGUUGACGUUUGGCGUAUAAAUUUCAUGCUUGAACUGCUACGAGGGCUUGUAGUCGUUAAAUCAUGAUAUUUAUACGCCAAACGUUUAUACGCCAAAUCUUAAUUUACUGCUUUGGUGAAUGGCAUUAACCACUAGUCAGUGGUUAAUUUGCUUUCUUAAAUCAUUGUGAAAGAGCACAAGUUUAAUAACUUUAACAUAUUUCAAAACUGGUGUAAAAGCUAUUAUAACAGAGUUGCAAAAUCAAAAACCUCGCUAGCGGUUUGACGUUUGCCGUAAACGUCAAUCUAAAGGUCUCUAAUGACACGAAAGUCCGCCAACUAAAAUUCUGAAGCAUUAAAUUCGACGAGUUGGGCUCGAAAACAUUUCAGUUUCGUCCUUUUUAACUUAUCAUAAGCUCCACUUCGUGGCACGAUGUAAGGUAUCGUCAUAUUUAUGUCCCCUAUUUGGGAUAAAAAGCGUUAAAAGGACAGUGUCACGGUUCUACUGCGCAUCUAAAUUUGAGCACAAUUUGAAUUUUAACACCACUAUAUAAAAUAACACUUUAAAAAAAUGUUGCCCUAUCCUUAGACUUUCCUUGGACCUAAAAAUGUCAUGGGAAUCUGUAAUUAA